AUGACCUUCUUCUGGGGGAAGAAUUCAAAGAUUCUAUUCUCAGGUUGGCCAGGCAGCAACAUAGGGAUGUACGUGCUGGCCUUGAUUGUGGUGUUCUUGCUAGCAGUGCUGGUAGAGGGUCUCUCCCAUUGCCAACUCAUAAAAUCUGGGACCAACAAUGUAGUGGCAGGGUGGCUUCAAACUCUUAUGCACACCAUCCUGAUGCUUGCUCUCAUGUCAUUCAACGGCGGUGUCUUCAUCGUCGCCGUUGCCGAUCAUGCACUCGGCUUCUUGCUUUUCGGCAAUAGGGUUUUUAGAGGUGACCCUCUGGUCAUGACCAUGUCUUCUCAGAAACCCUCCGAUCUCCCUCCUAUGAAGUGCUGA